AAAAAAUAAAUAAAAAUUUUAAAAAUCAGCCAACAAAAAACUGUGUUUAAAAAACAAUAAAACCAAGGUGGUUUUGUUUAAAAACCAACUGAAAGUUUUAUUAAAUAAAAAAAAAAUCUCCUUUUAACGACAACUAAAAGCCGCCAAAAUUCUUACCACAAGCAGUAUGAAUUCAUAUUUUGAACAAGCUUCUGGCUUUUAUGGCCAUCCGCAUCAAGCCACCGGCAUGUCCAUGGGCUCCAGUGCCCAUCACGAUCAGUCAGCCACCGCCGCAGCAGCCGCCUACAGAGGUUUCCCCCUCUCGCUCGGCAUGACCCCCUACACCAAUCACCAUCUACAGCGCUCCACACAAGAUUCACCCUACGAUGCCAGCAUUACAGCGGCCUGCAAUAAAAUCUAUGGCGAUGGCAGCCAGGCCUACAAACAGGAUUGUCUCAAUAUCAAAGCCGAUUCCGUGAACGGUUACAAAGAUAUUUGGAAUACAAGUUCGAAUGGUGGAGCUGGCGGUGGCGGCGGUACUGGUGGUGGUGGUUCGGCCGGCUCAACAAAUGCUUCAAACAAUACCGCCAAUGGAGGACAAAAUUCAGCGGCCGGUGGUGGUAUGCCGGUGAGACCGUCAGCAUGUACACCCGAUUCCCGGGUCGGUGGCUAUUUGGAUACAUCGGGCGGUAGUCCGGUUAGUCAUCGUGGCGGUAGUGCUGGAGGUGCCGGGUCGGGUGGUGUUGGCGGUGGUGGCGGCGGCGGUAGUGUUAGUCAGAGUGGUAAUGUUGGCGGUGUGGGUGCGGCUGGCGGUGGUGCUGCUACAGCCUGGAAUGCAAAUUGUACAAUUUCCGGAGCUGCAGCUGCACAAACAGCAAGUAGUUUACACCAGGCCAGCAAUCACACAUUUUACCCCUGGAUGGCUAUCGCAGGUAAGAUAAGAUCUGAUUUAACACAAUAUGGCGGCAUAUCACCAGACAUGGGUAAGAGAUAUUCAGAAUCUCUUGCGGGCUCACUUCUACCAGAUUGGUUAGGUACAAAUGGUCUACGAAGACGUGGUCGUCAAACAUACACCCGCUAUCAAACACUUGAGCUAGAGAAAGAAUUCCACACCAAUCACUACUUAACCCGCCGACGAAGAAUCGAAAUGGCCCACGCUUUAUGUCUGACAGAGAGACAAAUAAAAAUCUGGUUCCAAAAUCGACGCAUGAAAUUGAAAAAAGAAAUCCAGGCUAUCAAAGAAUUAAACGAACAAGAAAAACAAGCCCAAGCACAAAAAGCGGCAGCAGCAGCGGCGGUGGCAGCGCAACAUUUAGGAGAAUAAAAUUAGGAAAAAUUUAUAAAUUAUUAUUAUAAUUAUAGUAAUAAUAGAGAGGAUAAUAAUAAUACUACU